AUGUCACCGUCCUUGCUAUUUUGCGUCUACGCCCUGAUGAAACGCGUCACCUACUACCCGGAAGUCGUUCUCGGAGUCCCCUUUGCGUGGGCCAUUUUCUUCUCCGUUGCCGCCCUGGGAAUGGACCCCCUCGAUGCUCACAUUGUUUGGCCAACCGUGACCAUGUUUGGGUCGAAUGCCCUAUGGACCGUGACAUACAGUGUCAUCUAUUCCCACCAGGAUAUCGCGGACGACGAGGCGGCCGGCGUGAAGAACAUGGCGGUGCGGUUCAAGAACGGCACCAAGCCGUUGGUAGGUCUUUUGACCUUUGCUCAGGUCGCGCUGCUGGCAGUUUGCGGAGUGUGGGCAGGGUUCGGCCCGUUGUACUACAUCGGCUCUGUCGGUGGCGUCGCGGCGGCGAUGGCUUACUACAUCUAUGAUGUGGACUUGGCCAAACCAGAGAGUUGCUUUGCAUGGUUUGGAUAUCAGUUUUGGACUGUUGGGAGUGCAUACAUGCUUGGACUGGCGGGAGAACUCCUAAGACGAAUGCGAAUAUAA